AUGUCCAGCCCCCAGCUCACCCUCAUUGAAGCAUCAGAAGAUGACGCAGCCCGGAUUGCAGACAUCCACAUGGCGGCAUUUGGAACAAACCUGAUGCUCCUCGCCCAGUUCCCAACGCCCGCCAUUCGCGAUGAGCUACGAGUAACUCUACGGGAGAAGGCAAUUGACGAGAUUCGAGACCCACAAUGGGCUGUUCUCGUUGUUUAUGAUGACGCAGGAACGAUUAUCAGUUUUGCCAAAUGGAGACGGCCUAUUCCUGAGUCAGAGUUGGAUAGAUAUAUCGAGGGGCCAUGGAAGUGGCCAAAGGGAACCAGACUCGAUGUUUUAGAGGAAUGGACGUUGAAGGUGGAGGAGGCGGGGGGAGAGAUUGCUGGGAAAUACACCAUUUUAUUACGUGGCGCAGCAUCCAUUCUGGUGAACUGGGGUGUCGAACAUGGCAAACAUGAAAAUGUACCGGUCGCCCUAGAGAGCACCAAAAACGCAUGGCCGUUCUAUGAGAAGCUAGGCUUUCGGGGUGAAUAUUUGAUCUCGAUGACUCUAGAGGAUUUUGGGGACGGCGGUGCAUCAGUCCUCUACGAAGAGAUGUGCUUUCUGUUCGCACCGCACAUGUAG